AUGGGCUGCUUCUUCUCCAAAAAGCGGCGGCGGCCGAAGGAGGAGGAGGAGGCGGAGGGGGAGGGGGCGGCUCCCCCAGCCCCCCGGGACCCGCAGCGCCAGUACAGCUGGGACCGACGGGACAAGGUGGACCCCAAGGACUACACGCUGAGCGGCCUGAAGGACGAGACGGUGGGCCGGCUGCCGGGCCAGGUGGCCGGCGGGCCGCUGGCCAUCCAGGACUGCGUGGGCUGCGGCAUCUUCAUCUUCGACCACUCGGCCGCGGUGACGGUGGACGACUGCGCCGGCUGCCGGCUCUUCCUGGGCCCGGUGCGGGGGAGCGUGUUCUUCCGCAACUGCCGCGACUGCGAGGCGGCGGUGGCCUGCCAGCAGUUCCGGAGCCGGGACUGCUCCCGGCUGGACCUGUUCCUCUGCUCCGCCACCCGGCCGGUCAUCGAGGCGUCCGGCGGCAUCCGGAGCGGCUGCUUCUCCUUCUACUACCCGGAGCUGGCGGCCCAGUUCAAGGAGGCCGGCCUCAGCGUCUUCAACAACUGCUGGAGCCAGGGCCACGACUUCACCCCCGUGGCCGGGGAGGACCACUGGAGGCUCCUGGACGGGGGCGGCGGGCCGGGGGGCUGCGUCCCCCCGCCCGCCGCCGCCGAGGAGCUCCGGGCCGUCCGGGUGAGCACCGAGGCCGGGCGCAGCAUCGUGCCCGUCACCUGGGGCCGCCGGCCCAAGCCCAGCGACGAGUCCUGCCUGGCCGUCCUCUUCGCCGGCGACUACACCACCGCCAACGCCCGGAAGCUCAUCGACGAGAUGACGGGCAAAGGCUUCUUACUGGUUCAGACGAAGGAAGUGGCGAUGAAAGCGGAGGACGCGCGGAGGGUUUUCCAGGAAAAGGCGUCCGAUUUCAUCCCGCUCCUGGAUAAAGGGCCUGUCGUCGCCUUAGAGUUUAACGGAGACGGUGCCGUCCAGGGAUGCCAAAGCAUCGUCAGCGACAUCUUCAGCGGGACCAAGAUCUUUGUAUCGGAAAGCAAGCUGGCAGCGACUCGUGAUGUCGACAGCUUCUACAACUUCGCCGACAUGCAGAUGGGAAUGUGAAAUCCUCUCGGAACGCGACCGGCGGAGCGAGGCUCCGGUUCUUCGGCGUGUACACGUAGGUUGGGCUCGCAUACUUCUUUGCACUAGGGAGUUUUUCGUUUUCUACUAAUGCCGAAUGUUAAAAGGCUGUUUUUGAAGGAGUCCGUCAAUUCGGGGUGCCUCGGUUACCCGCCACGGUUCGUUCGUAAAUUGAGAAAUUCCGAACGAAUAAAUGUAAAAUCCACCCCCCUCCCCUUCACCUGCACCCCCAGAAAUGCACUUUCCGCCCUAGAAACGUGCAUUCUGAAAACUGGACUUUCAAAUGAACUGUGACAGGUGAACUUCUGCGGUGAAUUUUAGUAGGCGAAAGCUCUCCUGGAACAUACUUGAUAUAUUUUUUUUUUUUGAAUGCAAUAUCUUCUUAAACCAAAACAUCUCCUCACCAAAUACGUGCCCAGUAUAUUUUUAACUUGAUUGGAAACUCUUCUGAAUUUUAACGGUUUUGCACUUCGGGACUGUCCUACGAGGGGGAAAGAAAAAUCGGCGGUUUAGACUUUAGCUUUUCAGUCUUACUGAACCGUUCGAGUUACGGUAGUGGUUUUUGUUACAUUGUAGAAACACUUUUAGACGAUUGUAACAGCCGGGUUUUUUAUGGGCGGGGGGGUUGUAGUUGUCUUUAUUUUUACUGGGAAUUGGUCACCUUGGGUUAUACGAACCAGAAAUACAGUUACCUUGUAGAGUAAGUUUUCUCUUAACACCCCAAACUGAUAAAUCCCGAGGAUUUGAACCCGGACGAUCCGGCAAGUCGAAAGAAUAAAAGACGGGGAGACGAUGAAGGGGAAUUGUAGUUUCGGAGCCGGGGACGGGGCGACCUUCGGAUAUGUUAAAGGGAAACUUCCCACCUAGAGUUUCUGAUAUUGUCUCUGAUGGCCCAGAAAACCAACUCGUUGUUAAGUGUCGUUACCAGUACAGCUUUAGUGUUUGUGACGUGUGUGUGUUUAUGUUUGUGUGUGUGUUUCUUCCAAGAAAUCAUUUAAGCUCAGCACCGUUGUCUGCACACAGUAAGCUCGUUGUGGGAAGGGAACGUGACUAUCAACUCUAUCGUCUUGUACUCUCCCAAGCG